AUGGGUAUGUGCACUUCCAAACCACCGACGGAAACCCAUCUUCCCGAUCCAAAAUUACCGGAAGAUUCAACAAAUGAACAUCCUCCGGCGAGAAAUUCCGGCGAAAUUCCGGCGAAAAAAUCCCCAUUUUUCGGGAUCUAUAGUCCAAGUCCAGCUCACUAUUUAUUCUCAAAGAAAUCACCUUUAUGGUCUCCAGCUACAAAUGCAAGUUCAAAUUCAAAUUCAAACACUCCGAAACGUUUCUUUAAACGGCCGUUUCCUCCACCAUCUCCAGCGAAACAUAUAAAAGCUGUACUUGCAAGAAGACAAGGAACAGUUAAGCCUAACGUCCCGGGUUCGAUUCCUGAGGGAAGUGAAAGUAGUAGUGGUGGUGUAAAUGGUGUGGGUUUAGAUAAAAGAUUUGGAUUUUCUAAACAUUUUGGUGAUAAAUAUGAAGUUGGUGAAGAAGUUGGUCGAGGGCAUUUUGGGUAUACUAGGGUUGCUACUGCUAAGAAGGGUGAAUUGAAGGGUCAACAAGUUGCUGUCAAGAUCAUACCAAAAACCAAGGUUCAUCUUUUUUGA